AUGGUGUCUCUAGGUUUCGCGUCGUGUGCACGGAGUGCAGAGCUCACUGUUCCCUCAACAAUCCGUUUUCGGGAUCCAGCCAAACUCCCGCGACGCAGCACAGUGAAGAUGGACUCCAAUGGCUUCUCAGUCCAUCUUCCGUACCACAAGGCAGACCGCCGUUGGCAAGGGUCGUUCCUGUACUUCACACCCGGCACGACGGAUCCAGCCUUCCUACGCAUCCUGCAUCGCUACCUGCAGGCCCGGGAUAGUCGGAACAAGUCCUCCGACCUGCUGUUCUUGACAAGGGGAGGUCUCCCACCCACCCGCACCUGGUUCAUCGGCCGCCUCCGUCGCACCUUCGGAUCAGCUUACAGUGGACACUCUCUACGAGCCGGAGGCGCGACUCACUACGCUCUGCAAGGUCUCUCGGCGGAUAUCAUCAAGCGGCUCGGGCGUUGGCGCUCGUCCGCUUGGGAGGAGUACGUCAGGGUUUCCCCUCAACUGCAGCAAGCCCUCCUCAACUCAGCAUGA